UCAACGGAAAGAGCCGAAGAUGUCGGCUCAGUCAUGUGAUCAGCUGUGUCCAAUCACACCUGAUCACACUGAUCAUCAGUGCGCCCUGAUGAUCUGUGUAGCCCCAGCAGCACCACCUGUCAGUGUCCAUCAGUGCCAGCUGUCAGUGCUCAUCCAUGCCACCUGCCAGUGCCCAUCAGUGCCACAUCAAUGCCACAUAUCAUUGCCCAUCUGAGCUGCCUUUCAGUGUCACCCAUCAGUGCCAGUCAGUGCCACCUAUCAAUGCCAAAAACUGUAGC